AGAAGCAUCUCGCCGCACCGCGCUGGAUAAUCACCUGCGCCAGAAUGAUACAGAUCUUGGACCCAAGACAUUUGCCCACCUCUAUGAUGCCUGUUGAUGUGGCCAUGAGAAUAUGCUUAGCCCAUUCUCCACCUCUGAAGAGUUUUCUCAGUCCCCUUGAUGACUGUCAAAGAAACAACUUUGUUAACAGAUUCAAGCCUCUAAGGCCGUGUCUCAAUUUGAAACGAGAAUCUGAGUCUCAGAGUAACGACUGGAACCGUUCACCGAGCCGAGCCAAAAAACGAGUUGUGUUUGCGGACUCAAAAGGGCUUUCUUUGACCGCAAUACACGUCUUCUCUGAAUUCCAGGAGCAUCCUGUAUGGGAUCUUCAGUUCAGCUUGUUAGAUCUUGAGGACAUAACAGCCAGUUUAAAACUACAUGAAGAGAAAAACUUGAUUCUGGGUUUCUCUCAGCCUUCAGCUGACUAUUUAGACUUUCGGAAUCGGUUGCAAAAGAAUUUUGUCUGCCUCGAAAAUUGUACACUGCAAGAAAGGGCAGUAUCGGGGACAGUGAAAGUGAAAAAUGUCAGCUUUGAGAAAAUGGUUCAGGUUCGGAUUACCUUUGAUACAUGGAAAAGUUACACCAAUGUUGACUGCGUCUACAUGAACAAUGUGUAUGGAGACUCCGAUAGUGAUACCUUCUCAUUUGCCAUUGACCUGCCUACAGCCAUUCCCAUUCAAGAGAAGACUGAAUUUUGCAUUUCUUACCAAAGUGGAGAGCACAUCUUCUGGGACAAUAACGAGGGUCAGAACUAUAAAAUUCUCCAUGCAGAAUGGAAACCUGAUGGUGUCCAAGUACCAGCAUCUACCAAAAAAGACCGUGCCAUUGACAACAUUCCAAGGAAAACACAGGAAAAUGAAGCUGAGCGGCUUGGAAGUCCAAGGAUGUCCAAUGGUCUCUUUCCUGCGUGGCAGAGUUGGGGCAGGAUUGAAAACUCAGCCCCAUAUUGGUGAUAAGUUACAAGCCAA